AUGUUACCAGCGUCCGGUUUGGUCAUGGGAGAGGUGUGUGUGCGGGUUGCGGUUCGGGUCAGACCGCUGCUUCCCAAAGAAGUGCUACACAAUCAUCAGGUGUGUGUGCGCGUGGUGCCCGACAGCGCCCAGGUGAUGCUGGGUAGCGACCGAACAUUUUCUUUUGACCACGUCUUUGGACCGACCGCAUCGCAGGAUCAGUUUUACGAGUCAUGUGUCAAAUCUCUGGUGGCAUCCCUCGUUGACGGCUACAAUGCUACAGUGUUCGCCUACGGACAAACCGGGUCUGGGAAAACGUACACCCUUGGCGGGGGACAUAUUGGUAAGUUAACAGUAUGAGCGCAACUGUACUCUUUGACAUCAUGCAGACACCAAGUGCAUUGAGGGACGAUGAUUGUUCUGACAUUAGUCCUUGAAUAAUCAACUACCACUACAAUUCUAAACUGAGCUGUCACUGGCACAGGAGGAAAACCUUAGGCAAAUGCAGAGAACUUUCUGAUCAUAGGCCACUUUAUAUUAUCAUCACAACUCUGCUUUUGUGUUUUUUACCAUGGAACUUGCUCUCCCUCUGUAAUACUUGUACCCUUGUUAGCAUCUCUGCCAGAGGAGGAAAGUGGGAUCAUUGGUCAGGUUGCAGCGGAACUGUUUGUGCUCCUGGGGGAGAGGAGGGCUGCUGAUGUCAGGGCUGCAGCAGAUGUGAGGGUGUCCUAUGUGGAAUUGUACCGGGAGGAGCUCAGGGACCUGCUAGAGCUCCACACCGCACACAGAGAGCUGCACAUCAGAGAGGACGACAGGGGCAACAUAGGUAACACCCCUCACUGACUGUGCUAGGGCAUGUGUGUGUGUGGAUCCAGUAUGACCAAAUUAAAUGUGUUUUACAGUGUUGAUAGAGGUUGUACUGAGGCUGGUGGUGUGUGAACAUACAUGCUGUAUGGAAUCUGACUGUAGUGAAUGUGUGUUUCAGUUGUGGUGGGGGCCAGAGAGACUGUGAUUACCUCAGCUGAGGAGUUGCAGAGCAUCCUGGAGGCUGGCAAUGCCCUGAGACACACUGGCCCCACUCAGAUGAACGAGCGCUCCAGCCGCUCUCACGCCAUCGUCACCGUGCAGCUGACGCAGCAUAACCACGACGAUGGCUCUGUCCGUUCCUCUAAACUCCACCUGGUGGAUCUGGCUGGGUCGGAGAGGGCUGCACGCACUGGGAACACGGGCCUGCGCCUCAAAGAGUCUGUCCACAUUAACACCGGCUUGCUAGCGCUGGGCAACGUCAUCCGUGCACUCUCCGACCCCCAUCGUCGUGGCAACCAUGUGCCGUACCGUGACGCCAAGAUCACACGCCUCCUCCGGGACUCACUGGGCGGCACCGCCCACACACUCAUGGUGGCCUGCGUCAGCCCCUCCCACCACAGUGUCACGGAGACAUUGAGCGUGCUGCAGUUUGCCUCACGGGCACGCCACGUGAAGAACCAGCCUGGGUUGUGUCCUGCCAGGGUGUGUCCGGGCUGGCAGCCUGGAGAGGCUCGUGUGGAGGAGCUGGAGCAAGAGGUCCAGACUCUGAAAGAGGCACUGAGAGAGAGGAAUAAGACAGGGGGAGGGGUUACUAUGACUGACAGCUCCAAACAGGCCCCUCAGGAAGAGCGUGAUGACAGGGGUGCGGGCCUAGUGGAGGAGCCCCAGUACUGCUGCCUUGCACAGGACGCUACCUUCAUAUUGGAGGAGCUCCAGAGUUCCACCCUGAGUCCUGCUCUGCAGCAGCGCUUGCAGGAAUGGCUGGAGAGACACGAGGAGCUUAGCCACUCCUGCCACACUGACCACCAACACCCUGUGGGGGACACAGGGGACGAACCUCACCACAUCACCAUCCUCCAGCUCAGACGAGAGCUCAGGAAGUGCCAGGUAGUGGGCUCUGUUUCUCAGCUUUGUUUCCUCAGUAUUAUCCAUUUUCACACCGUAUUCUAAAUAGAGGUAUGAAUUGUAACUCUCUCUUUCUCUCUCCUCCCUAUCUCUUUUUUACUCUCCCUCCCUCCAUCAGGAUACUCUGGCUAUAGACGAGCAGGUGUUUGACCAGAGGGAGGCAGAGCUGCAGCAGGUGCAGAAACAGGUGCAGACACUGCUACAGGAGAAACAGAGACACCUCCAGUCCUUACAGGAGGAGAGGGAGCACAGACGCAAACAGGUAAGGAGAGAGAGAGAAUGACAGAGACUCUGAGCUGAGCUGGAGGAUGGCGAGAAAUUAAGAAACGUGGAGGCAAAGAUAGAAUGGGGCAUUUCUACAUUGGUUGACAACUGACGGUUUCCGUUGUUUGAGUGUGCAGAGCGAGCAGCUGGUGGAGCAGCAGCUGUUAAUCGAUCGUCUUCACGGUGACCUCCUGACCUCCAGGAUGGGAUCCUCGGGAGCCUCGCUGGAAACCGGGGCCUCUGGGAAGUCGGCGAGGAGACCUCACAGUGUUCCCCAGAUCAGCCAGGGCCAAGGCCAUUGUGGUACGAGGAAGGUACGUGUCCAGAGCAACUGUGAGUGUGUGUGUGCGAGUGUGUGUGUGUGCGACAAUGGCUAAGUUUGUCUUUGUGUGUCUCUUAUGCAGAUCCACACUAGUCCUCCGGCCUGUUCGUUGGAGAGGGUGAUGGCUGCCUUUAAGACCCGCAGUCAGCUGCUGCUGGCUCAGAUAGAGGAGAGAGACGAGGUCCUCUGCCCACAAAGAGCACAGGAGGAAAGGAGGGAAGAGGAGGAAGAGGAGGAGGAGCAGGGAGGGAGUAAGGGAUUCAGGUGAGAAAGACUGAUAUAAUAAUGUAAUGCUGCUUUUGGACUGUAACAGCUGUUCCACUAGUGUAUACACACCCUGAUGUUAUACUAGGGACAUUGUGUUUCCAUAGCUAGAGCUGACAGUGAGGACUUUUGAAGAGCAGAAUCAACAACCUCUGCCUAAUCUAAACAGUUGCUUUGUGAGACGGUGUUAACCAUUAAAGGCGUAAACCGAUGUUCACAAUUAGCCAUUGUUUUUUAAAUGCCGCCCUAAAAGCCCCAGUGGACAUGCCCUUGCCCCAAGUUAGAGCAGGUCCACUGAGGCCAUGGUCCAGUGAGUCCAAGGAGCCGGGCCGUGGAGGUGGAAACACAAUUGGUACAACACCGGGGUAAAUCCUCAGUGGAAAUGCACCAUGACCUCCUUCUUCUGAGUUAUGUAAUUGUUCUGCUUCCUCAGGACAGAAUACUUACUUAAUAUUGAACUAUAUUGCAGGUGCUCUAUGAACCGCACAUGGACAAGCAGACAGAACCCAGCCUGUUUUAACCAGAACCAGACGCAAAAUACUAGUUUGGACCAGAUUCAGGACGUACUCCAGUUACCUCAACCGUCAAAACUCCCUACAGGUAAAUACAGUGUUAUAUGACACUUUAAGAGUCUUAUAUUUCCUGUCAUUUCUGUUUCAUUGCUAAGCCCGGCCUGUGCCUUCCGUAGAGCGCGAGGAGCGCAGAGUGAGGCAGAGUCAGACGGUGAACCUGCAGCGCCUAAUGCAGGCGGAGACACAGAUCAGGGCUAGUCUGCAAACCAGUGGCUCCAGGGAUCUACACAGGACCAAGGUCAGUGCUAACAAUACAACAUUAAGAGAAUAUUUAUACAGCACUCAUAUAGAUUAUUCAUAAAGCAUUUAUACAGCACUCAUAGAGUAUUCAUAAAGCAUUUAUACAGUACUCAUAGAAUAUUCAUAAAGCAUUAAUACAGCACUCAUAGAGUAUUCAUAAAGAAUUUGUAGAGCACUCACAAAUCAGUCUUAAAGCAUUUUGGUCUAUCUAUAAACUAGGGUACCAGUGAGGAUUUCCUACACUGGACAACUUGUUACAGCUGUUGAUAAGUCGUUGAUAAUAAUCAAAUAUAUUUUUUCAUGCCAUUACAUUAAGAUAUCUGGUGGGAUCAUAGAUAUAUUCAAUAAAAUUCACGAGUUUAUUUAAAACCUAUGUUUACUCCUUUAUCAUGGUUGGUGUCUUGAUGGAUUUGUCCAAAAUCGUGUGAGAUAAAACUUUACUUUUCUGUCCUUGCAUUUAUGGCAGUGUAAAUUGUUGAUAUCAUAUAUUAAGCAAAAAUCUGUUAAAUUAGACAUUGAACUUGAAUCCUGGAUCUAGCUGUAGGCCAGUUUUUUUUGUAUAGAGAUCUCAGAAAUGCAGUGUAACAACAUAACAUUUAGUGUCUUCUUAUGUUGCGGGGUGAAAACAGUUUUCAUGGGCACACAAAUCCUAAAUAAUAAAUGCAAUUGCAAAACCGAAUGCUCCUGAGAGUCACUUUAUCUUGAUUCUUAAAACCUAAAUCGAUACUGUCAUUAACGUGGUUCUUCAAUAAUUGAACAGCAUGCUAAAGGGUUUGAUGCUGCUGUGUUGCAGGACCUGGGGACAGACAAAAUGGCUGUCUUUCAAAAUGGGGCCUGUAAAGACUCUGAGGAAAAGGUAGAAUGACUUUCCAGAAUUAUAAGUGAGCCCACAUGACAUCUGCAAAUUAUCACAGGUUUAGGGUCGGCUGCCCCUCCCUGCAGGAUGUGUGUGUUAUGGCAAAAAAGGCUAUUUCAAUGUUCACCAUGCAGUCAUGGUGAUUCCUUAGACCACAUUUGGAUAUUCAACAUAGUUUAAAAUAGUCAAAUUGUGUUUGUGUGUUUUGAAAUGUGGACAUGUUCGUUUUGGCCGUGUACGAUGCCCAGCUGUCUGAGAGACGUACGUGGCUGGAGCAAGAGGAGGAGGGUGCUCUGCAGAGGAGGAGGAGCCUGCAGGAGCUGGAGGAGGAGCUGAGGCACAGAGAAGAGGUGCUGCAGCACCGAGAGGCCUGUGUCCAGGAGAGGAAACAGCUGCAGAUCAAGAGGCUCCGCUCCAGCCAGGUAAUCACAGAGCAGGGCAUAGAAAUUGACAUACAGUACCACACCUACUCAUUCCAGGGUUUUUCUUUAUUUCUACUAUUUUCUACAUUGUAGAAUUAUAGUGAAGACAUCAAAACGAUGAAAUAACACAUAUGGAAUCAUGUAGUAACCAACAAAGUAUUAAACAAAUCAAAAUAUAUUUUAGAUGUUAGAUUCUUCAAAGUAGCCACCCUUUGCCUUGAUGACAGCUUUGCACACUCUUGGCAUUCUCUCAACCAGCUUCAUGAGGUAGUCACCUGAAAUGCAUUUCAAUUAACAGGUGUGCCUUGUUAAAAGUUAAUUUGUGGAAUUUCUUUCAUUCUUAAUGCGUUUGAGCCAAUCAGUUGUGUUGUGACAAGGUAGGGGGGUAUACAGAAAAUAGCCCUAUUUGGUAAAAGACCAAGUCCAUAUUAUGGCAAGAACAGCUCAAAUAAGGAAAGAGAAACGACAGUCCAUCAUUACUUUAAGACAUGAAGGUCAGUCAAUCCAGAACAUUUCAAGAACUUUGAAAGUUGCUUCAAGUGCAGUCGCAAAAACCAUCAUGCACUAUGAUGAAACUGGCUCUCAUGAGGACUGCCACAGGAAAGGAAGACCCAGAGUUACCUCUGCUGCAGAGGAUACGUUCAUUAGAGUUAACUGGACCUCAGAUUGCAGCCCAAAUAAAUGCUUCACAGAGUUCAAGUAAAAGACACAUCUCAACAUCAACUGUUCAGAGGAGACUCUGUGAAUCAGGCCUUCAUGGUCGAAUUGCUGCAAAGAAACCACUACUAAAAGGACACCAAUAAGAAGAAGAGACUUGCUUGGGCCAAGAAACACAAGCAAUGGACAUAAGACUGGUGGAAAUCUGUCCUUUGCUCUGAUGAGUCCAAAUGUGAGUUCGCUUAGUGGGACUAUCAUUUGUUUUUCAACAGUACAAUGACCCAAAACACACCUCCAGGCUGUGAAAGGGCUAUUUGACUAAGAAGGAGAGUGAUGGAGUGCUGCAUCGGAUGACCUGGCCUCCACAAUCACCCGACCUCAACCCAAUUGAGAUGGUUUGGGAUGAGUUGGACCGCAGAGUGAAGGAAAAGCAGCCAACAAGUGCUCAGCAUAUGUGGGAACUCCUUCAAGACUGGAAAAGCAUUCCAGGUGAAGCUGGUUGAGAGAAUGCCAAGAGUGUGCAAAGCUGUCAUCAAGGCAAAGGGUGGCUACUUUGAAGAAUCUAAAAUCUAAAAUAUAUUUUGAUUUGUUUAACACUUUUUUUGAUUUGUUUAACACAGUAAAAAGAAAAGAAAAACCCUUGAAUGAGUAGGUGUGUCCAAACCUUUGACUGGUACGUACAUACCCCAACCAGAAGCCAUGGAUUACAGGAAACAUCCGAACUGAGCUAAAGGGUAGAGCUGCCGCUUUCAAGGAGCGGGAAUCUAACCCGGACGCUUAUAAGAAAUCCCGCUAUGCCCUCCGACGAACCAUCAAAUAGGCAAAGAGUCAAUACAGGACUAAGAUUGAAUCGUACGACACCGGCUCUGACGCUCGUCGGAUGUGGCAGGGCUUGAAAACUAUUACAGACUACAAAGGGAAGCACAGCCGCGAGCUGCCCAGUGACACAAGACUUCCAGACGAGCUAAACCACUUCUAUGCUCGCUUCGAGGCAAGCAACACUGAAGCAUGCAUGAGAGCACCAGCUGUUCCGGAUGACCAUGUGAUCACGCUCUCCGUAGCCGAUGUGAGUAAGACUUUUAAGUAGGUCAACAUUCACAAGGCCGCAGGGCCAGACGGAUUACCAGGACGUGUACUCCGAGCAUGUGCUGACCAACUGGCAAGUGUCUUCACUGACAUUUUCAACAUGUCCCUGACUGAGUCUGUAAUACCAACAUGUUUCAAGCAGACCACCAUAGUCCCCGUGCCCAAGGACUCUAAGAUAACCUGCCUAAAUGACUACCGACCCGUAGCACUGACGUCUGUAGCCAUUAAGUGUUUUGAAAGGCUGGUCAUGGCUCACAUCAACACCAUUAUCCCAGAAACCCUAGACCCACUCCAAUUUGCAUACCGCCCAAACAGAUCCACAGAUUAUGCAAUCUCUAUUGCGCUCCACACUGCCCUUUCCCACCUGGACAAGAGGAACACCUACGUGAGAAUGCUAUUCAUUGACUACAGCUCAGCAUUCAACACCAUAGUGCCCUCAAAGCUCAUCACUAAGCUAAGGAUCCUGGGACUAAACACCUCCCUCUGCAACUGGAUCCUGGACUUCCUGACGGGCCGCCCCCAGGUGGUAAGGGUAGGUAACAACACAUCUGCCACACUGAUCCUCAACACGGGGGCCCCUCAGGGGUGCGUGCUCAUUCCCCUCCUGUACUCCCUGUUCACCCAUGACUGCAUGGCCAGGCACGACUCCAACACCAUCAUUAAGUUUGCCGACGACACAACAGUGGUAGGCCUGAUAACCGACAACGAUGAGACAGCCUAUAGGGAGGAGGUCAGAGACCUGGCCGUGUGGUGCCAGGAUAACAACCUCUCCCUCAACGUGACCAAGACAAAGGAGAUGAUUGUGGACUACAGGAAAAAAAAAGAGGACUGAGCACACCCCCAUUCUCAUCGACGGGGCUGUAGUGGAACAGGUUGAGAGCUUCAAGUUCCUUGGUGUCCACAUCACCAACAAACUAUCAUGGUCCAAACACACCAAGACAGUCGUGAAGAGGGCACGACAAAGCCUAUUCCCCCUCAGGAGACUGAAAAGAUUUGGCAUGGGUCCUCAGAUCCUCAAAAAAUUCUACAGCUGCACCAUUGAGAGGAUCCUGACUGGUUGCAUCACCGCCUGGUAUGGCAACUACUUGGCCUCCGACCGCAAGGCACUACAGAGGGUAGUGCGUACGGCCCAGUACAUCACUGGGGCCAAGCUGCCUGCCAUCCAGUACCUCUAUACCAGGCGGUGUCAGAGGAAGGCCCUCAAAAUUGUCAAAGACUCCAGCCACCCUAGUCAUAGACUGUUCUCUCUGCUACCGCACGGCAAGCGGUACCGGAGUGCCAAGUCUAGGUCCAAAAGACUUCUCAACAGCUUCUACCCCCAAGCCAUAAGACUCCUGAACAGCUAAUCAUGGCUACCCAGACUAUUUGCACUGCCCCCCCCCCACCCCAUCUUUUUACGCUGCUGCUACUCUGUUAAUUAUUUAUGCAUAGUCACUUUAACUCUACCCACAUGUACAUAUUACUUCAACUACCUCAACUAGCCGGUGCCCCCGCACCUUGACUCUGCACCGGUACCCCCCUCUAUAUAUAGCCUACCUACUGUUAUUCUAUUUUACUUCUGCUCUUUUUUUCUCAACACUUUUUUGUUUUAUUCAAAUUUUUUAUUAAAAAUAAAUGCACUGUUGGUUAAGGGCUGUAAGUAAGCAUUUCACUGUAAUGUCUGCACCUGUUGUAUUCGGCGCAUGUGGCCAAUAAAAUUUGAUUUGAUUUACUGUAUAUUUAUAUAUUUAAAAAAAAACGUAUAUCAUAUUUUUGUUUGUGUAAGUUACCGCAUUCAAGUGUUGUUAUCUGCAAUUGAAAGUGUGUGUGCGUACGUUCAUGUGUAUUCCUCAGGCUCUGAGUCAGGACUUGCUGCGAGUGUCGGCUCGUCUGGGAGCUUUGGAUCAGGAGCUGGAGGAGAGAGGAGGGGUAAGGAGGAGACAGUCCUCCCCGACAGAGGGGCUGUGUGGUGUGUCUAUGGAGGAGCUGCUGAAGGAGAGGGAGAGCCUGCGCCAGAGGAGGGACACCUUGGACACGCAGCUGAGAGACGGCAGUGUGCUCACGCCAGAGGUGAGCUCCUCAACGUUCAACACCUUCCUUCCGGCUGGGUGUCACUCUGACUGCAGAGGGCUGAUAAAUGGUGUGUGUGUGUAGGAGGAGCAUGCUCUGCUGCAGUUGGAGGAGGCCCUGGAGGCACUGGAUGCUGCAGUAGAGUUUAAGAACCGUUCCAUCCAGGAGAGACAGAGAGAGCUCGGGGACACGUCUAAUCCCGCCCACGGAGACAAUGACGUCAUGAGGGCGCUGAGGGAGCUGCCACUUCCAGAGGCCUCUGCACUGUUGGUCAAAUACUUCAACAAGGUCAGAGUCCCAACACACACACAAACACACUCACCACAAACUACUUUGAGCGAACAGCUACACCAAACUACCGUAAUUCAGUCAUUUUAGAAGGAGGGAGGCCACAUGAGGAUACUUUUGACCAUUGGCAAGCGAUACGACCAGAGUUGUGCAAAGUUAAAAUCAGAUGCAAAUCAUCGUCAGAAACUUUGCUGUGUGAUAACCAAUCGGGAGAGGGAGGGUCUAGAUAGCCUAGUCAGCUUUGAGACUGUACUGGAUAGUGGAACAUGCUAUUUUGCAUGCUGUUUUGAAUAAACACCCACAAAGGGAGAACUAGGUGAUGCCUACUACAAAGUAGUAUCUGGUCGACAGUACACUCUCCAUUAGAACCCUCAUUUGAGGAAAGGCUGGGGGGCUGGGAUUGAGAUUUGAGAGGUUGAAAAAGGUUUGGGGCAGAAGUGGGACUGGUUCAAGAGAUGAUGAUAAUAAUAAUACAUUUCAUUUGUAUAGUGCUUUUCAUUGCAGUGUAAUCUCAAAGCUUUACAUGGGCAAAAAUAAGACAUCCACUACACUUCUAACCUUCCAUCAGCCUCCUACUAAGCUGGCAAAAGUUGAAAGCGUUCCCUUGGCCCCUCCAGGUGCUGUGUCUGCGGGAGUCGGAGCGGCGACUGCAGCUGCGCUGUGAGGAGCUGCAGCUGCAGAGUGGAGAGCAGGAGGCGGCGACCAGGGAAAUGGAGGCAGCUCUACAGCGCCUCACUCUGGACACAGACCGCCGGCUCACUGAGCAGAAUCGAGAGCACCAACACAGCAUACAGUUACUACUGCAGCAACGACGAGGUCUGUGUGUGCGUGUGUGUGUGCAUCAAUGUGGUAAAUGUUUGAGAGUGUGGUAUUCCUGACCUUUCAUUGUGUUCCUGUGUGUUUUACAGUAUUCUUACUGCUAAUUUUGUGUUUUUGUGUAGAGGGUGGCUCAGGGGACAGUGAUCAGGCGGUCCAUGCUAGGCUGCAGCAGCUGGAGAGAGACCUGUUCUUCUAUAAGAGCUCCAGUCGUGAGCUGAAGAGGAAGCUCCGAGAGCUGGUCACAGACUCCCUCCCCCCCCAGGCUCCAGACCUGCAGACACAGGGCAGGAAGGAGGCCAGUGACGGAGCAGGGGACAGCCUCAGCCUGCAGACUCCUAGAGUGGAGCUGGCCCCUGUCCGUCUGUCCCGUAGGGAGCUGAGGCAGCUCUUACCCUCUGACCUCUGCAGCACUAGGGUGCGCUCUGCCCUGAGGGCCAGCAGAGGCUCAUUCCAGGAGGACUCCAUUGAAGUGCCCAGAAACACUUACUGACCAGGAGGCUCAAGCACAUAUCGACCACUUAUUUCAUUCGUCCACACUGAUCUAGAAGAAGAGGUCAGGUGAAUCUAAGUCGAUAGGAUCAAUGUGGAUGAAGGAGAGGAGGCAAGGAACGGAAGCCACUAACUGUGAAACUGUUGAGACACGUCGAGUGAUUCCAAGCACGGAGUGAAAGCCCUCUCUGCCCUUUACAGCACUAAAAUCUGACUGAAUUGCACUUCAAACUGCAGAGACUCAUCAGUUAGUCAGAGAUCAGAUGAGCCCAUAUAGCUAAAUGGAUAUCAAAAUAAUGUCUAUUAGAAAAUAGUUUGUUUAAAUUAUUCUAUUAUGUUUUUUUUUUACUUUUUAAGAGGUCUUUGUUUAUAAGAGUGUGUGUUUUAUACAGUAGUGUGUUUGCAGUGUUCUAGACCCUCGGGCCACUCCAAACUAAAGCAAGCCACUGGUCAUUCAUGCAAUAUAGUUUACCUGUGAUUUACUCUGUUUCCUUGGGUGUGGUUUUGGUUAUUUUAGUGUUGAACAACUGUUGACAUCAAAUUGAUUGAAUCAAACCUGUUCAUUUGCAUGGUUCACCAAUUGGAUCUACAUUUAUCUUUGCAGACUGCUGUUUAAUGUUAAAGGUGCAAUCUGCAAUAGUUAUUGCUAUUCAAUGGUAAAUGUUAUUACUGG